AUCGAAAAUUCUUGUAAAAGCGCAUCACGCACGUUCGUCCCGUCGCGCGGCGGAGAUCUAAUAUCGUCACGAGCGAGCCAGUGUGUCCAAGAAACGGAGAGAGGCAAGAUGUGGAUCCAGGUGAGGACGAUGGACGGGCGGAAGAGCGCUCGCGUGGACAGCCUGAGCAAGCUGACCACCAUCGAGGAGCUGCGGGAGAGGCUGGUGGGGGAGUUCGGGGCCGAACCCGAGCGACAGCGGCUCUUCUACAGAGGGAAACAGCUUGAAGAUGGUCACUCGCUAUUUGACUAUGAUGUCGGACUCAAUGACAUCAUCCAGUUGAUUAUACGUCCACCUCCCCUCCCCUCCACCUCUCCCCACUCAACCUGCGAUAACGGAGGUGCCUCUGGAGAUAUGGACACUGGAGAGAAUGGUGCCAGCAAUGGUGGUGAUGAUGUUGGACUGGAGACCAUCGAGAAUGGAGCCAACAGCAGUGGAAUGGAGAACGGGGGAAUGGAGAAUGGAGGAGUGGAGAACGGGGGAAUUGAGAAUGGAACUGGGUCACAUGACCAGGAGAACGGCGAUACCACCGAAGGCCUGUACAGAGUUGGCGAGAAGGUCGAUGCUAGGGACUGCAAUAUGGGGGCGUGGUUUGAGGCCCAGGUUGUCAAGGUGAUGGCAAAGCAGCUCCCCGCCCAGUCUACGGGGGAGGAGACUUCAUCUACCGCCGGAGAGAUUGGCUCACAACUCUGCUACCACGUCCUCUUUGACGAUUACAAGGAAGAUGAGCCGGUGCAACUGAUGGCAGCUCACGUGCGGCCCCGCGCCAGGUACCGCUACCAGUGGAGCCAGCUGAGUGUGGGACAGGUCGUCAUGGUGAACUAUAAUUUCGACUCUCCUAAGGAGAGAGGGUUUUGGUACGAUGGUGCCAUCACCAAGAAGGUGAAUGAGGGACGACAGUUGUUCUGCAAGCUGAUAUUGGGGGAGAAGUUGGACGAGUCGUCAGAGGAGGUGAAGAUCAAAUUUGUUGACGAAAUCUUCAGAACUGAAUGUAGAGAGACAUCUCUAACGAACGGGGACACCCCCGAUGAACAAGACGGCGAGGGGGUGGCGCGUAAGAAGAAGCCAGACUGCGAACACUGUCGAGACAACGCCCGCCGCAAGUGCAGGUUCUGUGCCUGCAGUGUGUGCGGAGGGAAGGACCAGCCGGGGAGCCAGAUCCUGUGUGAUGACUGCGACCAGGCCUUCCACAUCUGGUGCCUCUCGCCUCCUCUCGGGCAGGUCCCCGAGGAAGACGAGUGGUAUUGUCCAGACUGCAAGACGGAUGCAGGGGAGGUCAUUCAAGCCGGGGAGAAAAUGAGGCUCACGAAGAAGAAGGCCAACAUGCAGAGCAAGAAGAGCAGCUGCCAGAGGGACUGGGGGAAGGGGAUGGCGUGUGUGGGGAGAACCAAGCAGUGUACCAUUGUCCCCUCCAACCACUUUGGACCCAUCCCCGGGUGCCCGUCGGGACCAUGUGGAAGUUCAGAGUUCAAGUGAGUGAGAGUGGGGUACACCGACCCCACGUGGCGGGGAUCCACGGGAGGGAGAGCGAGGGAGCUUACUCCAUCGUCCUCUCGGGGGGUUACGAUGACGACAGAGAUGAGGGGGCGGCGUUUACCUACUCCGGGAGUGGAGGUCGCGACCUCUCCGGGAACAAGAGGACAGCUAAACAGUCGUACGACCAGAAACUAACUCACAUGAACAGGGCACUGGCCAGGAACUGCUGUGCUGCCAUUGAUGACAAGAAGGGAGCCACUGCCAAACAGUGGAAGGAGGGAAAGCCAGUCAGAGUGGUGAGCUCACCUGACCUGUCAUGUGACAGUCACAUGACUGGUUCCCAUGGUGAUGUAUGUACGGCAGGUGAGGAACCACAAGGGAAGGAAGACCUCAGAUUAUGCUCCAGAGGAAGGCAACAGAUACGAUGGCAUCUACAAAGUGGUAAAAUAUUGGCCUGAGAAGAAUACGUCUGGUUUUAUUGUCUGGAAAUAUCUGCUUCGUCGAGAUGACACAUCUCCAGCGCCGUGGACCAGUGAGGGGAAGAAGAUGGCCAAGAAGCUGGGACUGGCCAUGCAGUACCCCGAGGGUUACCUGGAGUCCCAGCAGAAGACCAGCUCCUGCGAGGAUGAGGAGGAGGAGGGAGCUGUCAAGAAGGUGAAGAGAGGGAGGAAGAGAAAGAGCUCUGUUGGUGGAGAGGGUAAAGGAGAUUCUCCAGGGCGGUCAAAACAGCCUCGCUACCAGCUGGGGAAGGAUCAGCGGGGAGCCAUCAAGGCCGACUCCAACAACAAGAAGAUGUGGGACGACUUACUGGGAACCAUUAGAACUGCAGGGUUCUUGUCUCGAGUGCAGGAUGCCUUCAGUUGUAUUGUAUGUCAAGAGCUGGUCUACCAACCAAUCACUACAUCCUGUGCUCACAACAUUUGCAAGUCCUGUCUAGGUCGCUCAUUCAAAGCUGGAGUCUACAACUGCCCCAACUGUCGCCACGCUCUGGGGAAGGACUACUCCAUGGAACCCAACACCGACCUCCAAGAAGCUCUUCUCCGGCUGUUCCCAGGCUACCAGGGAGGGAGGGCGUAACUCCAAUUAGUGCCCCACCUACCUUACCUCAAUUAGUGCCCACCACCGUCUCCUCCCCCUGUGACAUGUUUGGCUGACACUAUUAUACAUUCCAGACUCUACCUUUUAUGUAUAUAUAUAUAUACUACAGUGCUGUAUGUGUUGAACUGUCCUUAUUACCUCUUGGUGCACAUUUUAUAACACGAGAAUAUACAGCAAAAAUAAGCUGGUUUAUCCCCAAAAUAAAGGGUAACAACACCAUGCUUGUAGAUCCUUGCAAACGUAUAUAUGAUGGUGACUAAUAGCAUCACCUAUUGUGCAUAACGAAAUUUUCACAUAAAACACUUCAAGUGCAUCAUCUGUCGUGCUGUGAUAGGUAGUUGUUGAUGUCCAGAAUGGUCCAGGAGAAAGGGUAGUCGAUGUCGCCACUCCAUUCCACAGUGGAACAGAAUCUCCACAUGUGGUAACAGUCUCUGAACUGGUUGGAGCCCUCCACCAACUCCCCACUACGAUCCAACACGCCAAACUUCUCUUUGGUCUUGAAACUAACCCCCAGUUGAAACUCCAUGUGCGUGCUGGCCGCCUCCACCGCCAGUUCCCUCCCUGAUUGAAAUGUGAAUUUUGCGUCUAUUUCAUCCAUGGCUCGCAGCUCACUCCUACUAGCAAUCACCCGCUGACCCAGCCAGUCAAAGAUGUGCUCAUCGCCGGGUUCCGUGGCCCCUAAUACUGAGUUAACAGAGCUCAAUUGGAGCUGACGUAUUGACUCCACGUCCAGGUGCAUGCGGGCACCUUCAGGGAAUUGGUCUAGGGAAUAUCUCACACGCUCGAACAACCGCGGGUGAAGAAUGGUUUGAAGCGAGUUCUGUUUAUCAGGGGAAGAGACGACAGCGGCCAGGGAGAAAACGGCCUCUCUCACGCCUUCCAUGAACUCUGAGACGCUGAAGGAGUAGCCGUGGGAACCGGCUAUCCUGCGCAGAAAGAAGAGACCCACGGUCCUGUUUAAAAACGACUCCCUCUCUGAAAAAGGCUUUGUGUGUUGAGACCACGGGAGAACGUAAUUGAAGGAACCAUCCUCCAGUGAAUGUGACGAGGAAAGACUUCUCGCCAGCAACUGUGGUCCCUCGACUGCUAACCUUCUUGCCAACUGCAUCGUCUUUCUAAUUCUGCUG